UGCCGCCGAGCCGCAGACUGCUCUCGGGCAGGGGCUGUGGGGAUGAGCGCCGAUGAACGUGUGACAGGGUGUGAAGCAAGGCAGUGAGAGAGGGUGGACACUUACCCGGAGGGUCUCUAGUGGGGCUGAAAAGCUAGUGGGGAAGAAAGGAGGGGCGCUGCGGGAAGUGAGAAGUAAGAUAGGUGGGAUGGCCUGGUAGGCCGAGAUGGCGGUGGGAGGAAAGAGAAGCUCUUGCCUCCAGAAUAUGGCCAGUCACCUUGUAAAACCUGAUUCUAGAAAUUGCAAGAGACCAAGAGAGUUGGAGCCUCAAAUGCCAGAUAGUCCACAACUGUCCUGUCUUGGAAAAUCAGAUUCUUCUUUCUCUGAAAGCUCUGGACUAUUUUAUAAAGAUGAAGCCCUGGAGAAAGAUUUGAGUGAGAGAGCAGCAGUAGAUGCAUCUUAUAUUGACGAGAUAGAUGGACUCUUCAAAGAAGCCAAUACUAUUGAAAACUUUCUAAUACAGAAAAGAGAGCUCCUGAGACAGAGGUUUACGGUGAUUGCAAACACACUACACAGAUAAAAUUGUAUACUUAAAAUAAGCUGAGAAUUUAAGCCCAGUAUUGUUGUAAUGAAAGAAUGGCAUUUGUGCUCUGAAUGCUCUCCAGUUGUUAAGAAAAUGUAUACCUUAAAUAUAGAAGGGGAAACUCCUUAAAUUUCUUUUCUCGAUUUAAAAGGGGCAUUAAGCUGGACAUUAAUAUGAUACAUAGCUUUUCUUUUGAGAGUCAAAUAUUUGUCAUAUUUUAUAAAAGUGUAAACUAUUUAAAUUGUAUAUGGAGCCUCUUCUUUUUUUUUCUUAAACCUCCUAACCUUUCUUAAAUUUCUAAGACUCAGUGAGUUAAUUUGAUAAUAUUUAACAACAUUGCACUUUUUCUUUUAGAAUAUUUUGUUUAAAUAGCAGAUAGAUAGCUUUGGAGAUGGUUUUAAGAUGUUUUUCAUGGUCAGCAUUGAAAAAAAUUAAAACCCAAAA